AUAUCUCACCAUUCGUUGUGCAGCCUGUGCCUUUGGAGGUGACCGAAGGUUCUGUGGCCAGGUUCACCUGCCAGGUGACCUCUAACCCUCCUGCCACCAUCACCUGGGAGCUAGACCAAAGCACACUACCGUUGGAGACGGACAGAAUCACAGUCCUGCCCAACGGAGCUCUCCAGAUUCAAAACGUCCAACUAGAGGAUGCUGGGAAGUACCGUUGUGUGGCCACCAACAUCGGCAACCGCGUCAAGAGUAGAAAGGCAACGCUCUCCGUCAUCAACCAAGGUUCUGGCCCUAAACCGCGUCAGAGGCCCCGGAUCAUAGCGGGCCCCCAAAACAUGACUGCUUCACUCCACUACACCGUGGUCCUGGAGUGUGUUGCUACGGGCAACCCCAGACCCAUCAUCUCCUGGAGCCGGGCCGACAGUAAACCCAUCGACGUGUUCAAUGCCAGGGUGCUGGGCAGUGGAAACCUGGUGAUCAGUGAUGUGAAGCCUCAGCACAGUGGAGUCUACCUCUGUAGAGCCACCACCCCAAGAACACGCAACUACACCAUCGCUUACUGCCAACCUCACCGUGCUCGGAUGUUCUCUUGA